UCUUUCAGAAUUUCAGCAGCAACUUCCAGACGGCGAAAGAAGCUCUGAGCGCCGCCACGGCUCAGGCGGCGGAGAAGGCGGCUUCCAGUGUUCGAGACUUUGCUCAGAAGAGUUUCCGUCUGUCGAUGGACGUCAAGCUGAAGGCGCCGCUCAUCAUCGUCCCCCAGUCCUCCACCUCCCAGAAUGCACUGGUGAUGGACCUUGGUCUGAUCACGGUGGGUAACAGCUUCUCUCUGCUUCCUGUGGAAGGGUGUCCGCUGCCGGCGGUUGUCGACAAAAUGGACGUCGAGCUGACGCAGCUCAAACUGUCGAGGACCUGUUUGGACCUGGAGUCUGAUCGACCCAGCAUUGAACUGCUGGAACCCGUCAACCUGCACCUGAUCGUCAAGAGGAACCUCGCUGCUUCCUGGUACAAGAAGAUGGCCGCUGUGGAGAUCGACGGAGACCUGAAGCCCAUGAUGGUGGAACUGAGUCAGGAGGACCUGAAGGUGCUCCUUCGGAUCCUGAUGGAGAAUCUGGGAGAGGCUGGGAGUCUGCAGCCCACCGCCCCAAAACUGGGGGAGAUCAGUCUGCCUGUCCGGACAGCAGGGACGCCCCCUGCAGAUGUUGUGAAGUCGAGUGUGAGCAGAAGUGAAGAGGAGGAUGAAGGUCUGGAGUCCGUCAGGUUCAAGUUCAACAUCGAUUCUCUCGGUCUGGUUCUGUACGGUAACGACCCACAACAGCCUUUCCAGCACCAGGAGAACCUCAGACUGGGCGAGUUCACCCUCCGGUUACUGAAGACGUCAGGGAGGAUCUUUGCCAGCGGCAGCAUGGAGGUGACCACGGUCCUGACGGACUGCACGCUGGACGACCUGAGGACCGGCAUGGAGAGGGUGACUUCACGCAUGGUCAGACGUAGAGACGAGAGAAGCUCAGAGACGAUGAUCGAUGUGACGUAUCGUCAGAGCGCCGCAGAGCGGGAGGUGGUGGCUGUUCUGCAGAAACUCUAUCUGUGUGUCAGCGUGGAGUUUCUCAUGGCCGUGGCAGAUUUCUUCCUGCAGGCUCUGCCACAGACUUCAGCUCUGACCACCACCUCAGCACCAGGUGACAGACUGCCGCUGAGACAGACGGCAGAACCCCGAGCCGACGCCAAGACCGCGGCCACGGUCAGGACUCGUCUGCGCGCGGUGGUAGUGGACCCAGAGGCGGUGUUUGUUGCCAACCUGUUGAAGGCCGACGCCCCCGCCCUGGUGGCCUCGUUUCAGUGCGACUUCACCCUCCAGGUCGAAGACGACGGGACGCAGAACAUGAAAGCAAACCUGAGAGAGCUGAAAGUCCUCGCUUGUCCGCUCAUCCGAAACGAGGAGGGCAAAGCCGUCACCACCGUGUUGAAACCCUGCUCUGUUUUCUUGGAAACCAAAACCAACCCCAACCAACCGCUGAGCGGCUCUGUGACCGUGGAGGAAGUCAUCGUCAAGAUCUCUCCGUUCAUCAUCAACACGGUGAUGACGAUAACAGCCGCCAUGACACCAAAGCAGCCUGACGAGCAGAGUCCAGACGCAGUGGGCGUCACUGACCUGUGGUCGGCCAUGAACGUCUAUGACUGUAACUAUUGGUUCCUGGGAGUGGAUCAGGCCACAGAGGUCACCGAGAGCUUCAGAGAGCACGAUGGACGCAACGACGGCGAGAGCUUUGCCGCAGAGGUCAAGGUGGUGCAGGUGACUCUAGAGUCUGGUUUGGGGCAUCAGACCGUCCCUCUGCUGCUCGCCGAGUCCUCCUUCAACGGGUCGGCCAAAAACUGGUCUUCUCUGCUGCAACUGAAAGCCAACAUGACGCUGGAGGUGAACUACUUUAAUGAGAUUCACGCCGUGUGGGAGCCUCUGAUCGAACGAGUCGACGGCGGCAGUCGAAGAUGGAACCUGGAGCUGGAG